AUGACGUCACCUAAUGGUGUUUCGAAAACAAGUGAUACAGAAACUAGUGAUACAGACACUAGUGAUAUAGACACUAGUGAUACAGACACUAGUGAUACAGAAACUAGUGAUACAGACACUAGUGAUACAGACACAAGUGAUACAGAAACUAGUGAUACAGACACAAGUGAUACAGACACAAGUGAUACAGAAACUAGUGAUACAGACACAAAAACUAGUGAUACAGACACUAGUGAUACAGAAACUUGUGAUACAGACACUAGUGAUACAGAAACUAGUGAUACAGAAACUAGUGAUACAGACACUAGUGAUACAGAAACUAGUGGCCACCAGAUAUUCGGCGACCAGAUGAUGAGGAGCACGAUGUUGUUCGCCUACGAGCAUUGA